AGAAAAUCCGCUUCUUGUUUCGUGUUUGGGUUUGGAUUCGCGAGCUUGAAUUUGGGGUAUCAAAUCUAUAUCCGGUUUGGUUUCGGUGUGCAUUGUCGAGUUCAUGUUAAGAUUGCGAGUCGGUUUCUAGGAAUUUGUGGAUUACGUCGUUUUCUCGGUAACCAAACACUAGAAUGACCAAAUCCGUGGUCAGCAUUUUCCGAGAAAUUGAGGCCGAUUCUUGAGCUGAGUGAGAGAGUAGCCAAUUUGUUUAUGAUUUCUUCUCUCUGAUGCCAUUUCGGGCAGAUCUGGAACAGCCAACGUUCUCGCUUGAACUAGCUUCAAGAUGUUAAAAUCUCUGGGUCUCGGAAAAUUAAGCCUACUUGGAAAAUGGAGUAUUUGCAAUUUUCGUUUUGAUUUGCAUCGAAUCGUUUCAUUUUCCCCAACUUUCACUGGUCUAACUGCCUCAAGGAGGAUUGACCAUUUCAGUAAAACACUCUGCAAUUCUAUAAUUUUUGCCAGUGCUGUUUGCUGCUGUUUUGAGCCAGAAUCUCAAGGCACUUGAAUUGAAUCUACAUACAAUGGUUCUGGUCUCGCUUGAGAUAAACCUCGUCGGUCGGUUUCAUUUGGAUUCAUUUCGUAUGGCUCAAAGAAGCAUUACUGUGGGAUAAAAGGGUUUAGGAUAAAAUUGAUGGGCUCAUGAAGUUUUGGCUUUGUGGGGACUGACAUCUGAAUUGGAUGCAUUGGGUUUGUCGCCCUCCUUUAGUUGGAAUGAGUUGUCGAUGCUUUGACUUGUCUCCUAACCCUACUGAUCUAUCUCUGUAUUAUCUUCUCAGCUCGCCCAUUAUUUAAUAUAGCAUCACAUCUUAUGUUCUUGGUCACUCCUGACAUGUUGGCAAGUCCUUGGGAAUUCGACCUGAUGUUUUUUUUUUUUGGUUUAAUAAUUCGACCUGAUGUUAUAAUUGAAAUGUUUUUCCAUAUUGAAAGACAUUUAUGAUUCUUCUCAAUGUUUGAAACUUUUUCUUUUGGUUAUGCUGGGGAUUUGGCAAAUGAACUUACUCCAAUGUAUCGGAAGUUAGAGUUCCAUAAGUCGGUAAUUAGGCAACAUUCUAGGUUAUCGAAUCCUUGGGAGGUUUUAGUUUUACACAACCAAUAGAAUGAGUGAGAGUCAUGUUGUUUAGGUUGAGAUGCAUUGGCUAUUUUCUUUAUGCCCUCUCUUUUUUAUAUGCCCCCUUGUGUUAACUGAUUAGGCUUCAAAAGAUAUUGUUGCUAAUUUUUAAAUGAGCCGUUGUAUGUAAGCUAGAUUAGAAAUGAGCAUUUCAUUUCAGUAUUUCUUGGUCUGCUUCCUUGUGCACCCUUAGGGUCUGAAGAUGGUUGGUGUUUACAUACAGAAUAACCCCUAACGAGGCAUCCGAAUUCAGACGGUAGGUAAAUAUUUCAACAAUGUUCUCUACAUGGACAGGUAGGUAAAAACUCUUUAUCGAAUUCAGACGGUGUUGGUAGAAGAGAUGAAACUCGGGUCAAAAAAACGUUGGAAAUCACUUGCCCCUCUUCAUCUGAAAGGCAAAUCUGUGGCACGUUUUUGCUUGUUUUCCAAAGUGAAGUCAGAUAACUAUGGUCCAGGGCGUGCACCAGUGUAUCUCAAUGUUUAUGACUUGACUCCUAUUAACGGCUACAUCUAUUGGGCGGGCCUCGGCAUAUUUCAUUCAGGUGUUGAGGUUCAUGGUGUAGAAUAUGCAUUCGGAGCUCAUGAUUAUCCAGCUAGUGGUGUUUUUGAGGUUGAACCACGGCAAUGCCCCGGCUUCAAAUUCAAGAAACCUAUAUUUAUCGGAACUACGAGUUUAAACCCUGCAGAGGUGUGGGAGUUUAUGGAGGACAUUGCUUGCAGUUACUACGGCAAUUCGUAUCACUUGAUCGUCAAGAAUUGCAACCAUUUUUGCCAAGACGUUUGCUACAAGCUUACCGGUAAAAGGAUCCCAAAAUGGGUAAAUCGGCUCGCAGAAUUAGGUUCAUUGUGCCGUUGCGUACUUCCCGAGUCUCUCAAGAUCACAGCGGUUUGCCACGACCCAGAAGGCGAAAAUCCCGAGGAAGAGAACGAAAAGCGGAGUCUUAGAGGCUCGUUCAGUUGUCUGUCCUCGAUCUCAAUGCGACAGAAACAGCUCUCAACCUCGUCAUUGUUCCUGCAAUCACCCCUCAGAGGAUGCCUUCCACCAUGGCAACUAAAACGAUCAAAAUCUAACAGCAGUUCCUUGAAAGAACGGGGGGUUUUUCCGGCAUUCUCGUCGGUUGUUCACUGUUUGUGUGGUGUUGUAUGAUUGAUCAAUGUGUUAACUCUUCUCGGCAAUGUCAUUCUCGAAUAUGGUUAUCAUUUACAAGCUGGGAAAAUGGCAUAUUUCCAUA